ACGGGCCAAGAAAUUGCUAGAUUAGAUGGUUUCAAAGGGUGUGAAGCCCAAUUCUAGUAGCUAUGAUGCAAUCAUCCAUGGCUACGGCAAUGUUGGGGAUAUUGAAUUGGCUACGAAAGUUCUGAAGAGUAUGCUGGAGGAUGGCCAUGUCUCACCCAGUUCGCGAAUCUAUUAUAGUUUGAUUCGAAGCAUGGUUAAGGAGGGGGAGUUUGAUUUGGCAUUGGAGACAUGUAGAGAGAUCAUAAAGAGGAGGUGGGUUCCUCCAUUUGAGGCAAUGGAGGGUCUGGUUCGUGGAUUGGUGUGUAUAUCAAAGGUUGAAGAGGCAAAAGAGGUUGUUGAAAAGACGAAGAAGAUGCUCAAAGGACCUGCUAUGGAUUCGUGGGGGAAAAUUGAAGCUGCUCUUUCGCUGUAGAGUGAUUACAGACACUCAUUUGAAAGAUUUGAAAUGCGUUGUUGAUUGUUUUUGCAUCUAACAAGAACAGAGCAUCAAAAUCUCACUUAUAUGUGGCUUUGUUGCUGCUUCAUCCGUUCAUCAUAAUGGUAUGUAAUUUGCUACUCUUUUGCUUCUCUGCCUGUUCUUUCUUCUGGGAGUUGCUACUACCAUGUUCUUCCUUGGACUGCAUGAACUGAAUGGAUGAGUUUAACUUCAAUUAGAGGGAAUGCAUUGGUCUUAAAUGACACUAUUUAUGCUACUUUUGAUCUGAUUCUCCAUUUUCAUAUUCG